UUCAAUUAUCAAAACAGUUGGUGGUUGAUGUAAUGAUGUCUGAGCUUUGAAUGCAAUAUUUAAACACAGUUUAUCAACUUUAUUUUUAUAUUAGAGCAAGCUAGAAAUGAAACGUGCCCUCUAAAAACCUUUACUUUCAUGGUUUCUAUUUAUCACUACGAACACACACACACACACACACAAGCAGUCACAUCCAUCCCUGUUCUUCCAGUGCCUGACAGACUUGGUGAGCUUGGCACUUUUCAUGGCCCAGGAGCAGAAAGGGCAGUUUGACCCCCACCCAUCUUCUUCUUAACCACCCCCCAAACACACUCAUCUCUCUCUCUCUCUCUCUCUCUCUCUCUCUCUCUCUCUCUCUCGCUUCUGGCAUCAGGGCUUUCUUUGAGUUGAGGUUAAAGAUUAGCAUCUCUGAUAAAGAUUAACUCUCUGUCAAAGGAAGGCGCUGAUGACAUGAGUUUCUGGACCAGGACUGUCGCUGACACAGGGUCGAGCUCUUCAGAGACACGGGUGACCCUGCCUAUACGGCAAGGAGGGCAAACACUGGGCUAAAAUCCUAAUUCAGUGGAUAAGAUAAGCUGCAAUAUAAGUCAAGAAAACAUGAUGUAAUGCUACAUAGCCGGUUAGGCUAUGUAGCAAGUGAUUUUGGCCAAAAUGAGGUCAUAAAGUUUGGUUUUGGUCAUGUUUCACUGACUGUAAAAAUGCCUUUGUUGAUCACACGACCUGAAAGUGCUUGAACAUAAGGAAAUAACAUUCAUACAAAAACAAAAAAAAAAAAAACAAGCACAGGUUAACAAUAAAAUGCAAUUUAUUUUUUGUAAUGACUAACAACUAUGCAAAUAAACCAUUUUAAUUUCAAAGAGGAAGGAGCUAGAAGACAUUUUCCACUCCCAAGCCACUCUCAGUCUACCUAGUUAAUAAUUUCUUGAAGUCUUAGUUCAGCUCUGUUUGUUAGUAACACUGUGCAUGAUCCGAGCAAGCUCUUCCGAGACCAUGAAUUGCAAACUUUCUGAAAUUUGUCUUCUUCAGCAAUAGCCAGUGGCUUAAACUGGAUUCAAAUAGGCCUUUUGUACACAGGAUGAGUGUAAUGCCUCAGUUAUGUGUCUGCAGCCAGGAGCAACAGACUGUACAAGUAGAAUAUUUGUUCAGAUUUCACAAGCCUGAAUGAAAAGAAUGUAUGCGUAUCAUAGGAUGCCAUUUCUUCUAACAUGCUUCAGUUCCCACCCCGGUGUAGGACACAUGUAAAGCUGUUAGAUGUAACUGAGAAAUGGCAGUCUUUAGAAAUAUGGUUGUACACACCCAUGACGGUUGUGUAAUUUACUGGCUGUGAAAUGAAUAGCUUACAGUGUGUACUCAAAGCAUUCCUCGUGAAUUCUUGUUGGUUCAUUCCACAAACCUUUGAAAUGAAUUAACAAUAAAGAGGUGAUCCAUUUCAAAACAAAGUUGCUAAGUUCUCAGCGCAUAGAAGAGAUUUGGGUUCGACGUUUGAUCGUUUAGUGCCGAUUGCUGUUGCUUUGGUUUGUGCAGGCAUACCUUACUGAUAAAUGGGUAUGCUCUCUCUCUCCCUCUCUCUCUCUCUCCCUCUCUCUGUCAGUUUGUCCCCCGCCAGACAAAAAAAAAAAAAAAAAGUGUUGAAACUUGUGUGUCAUCCGGCCCAAGUAAGCAGGAGGGGAGGAGAUGAAAUAUGUUGCUGUAUAAGUUUGUCGUCGCUUGCCCAUUUGGUGUGGCUGUGUCGUGGUGUUAGCUGUGACACUUGAUGAGCGUUCAACCUCAUUACUCUUCAAGGAAAGCCUCAAAUGAACUUGAUGAAAAAUGUCCUUUUGGCAACAGAAGUAUGGAUACUGACUGAUCUUUAGGGAAGCCACUGGUGAUUGUAAUGGGUGCUCUGGUGGCCCAAAAAGGGUAUGAGGGCAUGUUUUUGUUUUGUUUUUUUUCCUAUCUGUGUAAAAAUAAUGUCAAGCCAAAAUCGUACUUACUGUAAAAUAACAGAGAAAAACACAGAUAAAGAAAACAAAACAGCCAAACCAAAGGUUGUCCAAAAGGCACACAUGCUCUUAAUGGGUUUUUGUUAUGCAACUUUUUUUUUUUACCACCUACAUGAGGCCGAAACAGAGAGCUUUUAACAAGACAAACUAAAUGAAACUCUCACCGUGGAGAUCAUUUGAGAAGAUUGUAAGAGACCAGAAGCCCACUGACGUUGCAGUAAAUGACGUCAAAUGACGAAAUUGGAUACACAUGGGGGGAUGUGUUCAAUAGAUAGGUUGUUUGAGGCCAGGGUGUUUGAAAGGUUUUUUUGUUUGUUUUUUUGUUUUUUGGGGUUUUUUUUGGGUGGAUGGCACUAUUUUCAAGCAGCCUUUCACAGUGCUGGCCUUCAGCUCCUGUGGUCUGCAUUUGAACGUGAUCACCUGACUACGUGGGUUCUAAUUAAAGUGUAGAUUCACACUGCUGACUAAGCAACAGUGCUGUGGCCUCAAAUAAAACAUCGCAUCGCAGUCAGUCAGUCAGUUAAAGACACGGUCUUGAUAAGCUAGCUGUUCAAUGCAAGCAUAUGAAAGCACACUUAAUGUUAGUGUGUUUUUGUGUUGUUUGUGUAGGAUCUGCAGGUUUUUUUUAACCUUCAUUUUCUGUUUCAAACUGGCUGCAGUUUCACAUCAUCAUCAUCAAUAUGAAAUAGAAUCGGAAUGUUUUAAAUCACAAUUAAGAUGCAUUUCCUGUAAAUUCCUUCCAAGUCCAAAGCUUACUGGUUUUAAAUCAUUUUGUAGGCCAUGAAAAUGGUGUUCUGGGGUCGAUCAUUAAAGAAGUCAGUUAGUGCUAUUCCAGGUCAAAGGUCACUUGUGGAGAGCUGUGCACCAGUAUAACACUGUGAGCUCCUAUGUUCACACCACGACGUGCUUUUCUUUUGUUUACAGUGUCUGUAAUGCACCAGCACUGAUACUAACACUGACACGUCUGAAGUUGUGUUGUGGUGUUGUAGUUUUUCUUUGUGUUUCUGUCGGGUUUCAGUUGGAUCUAAGGUCACGGACGUGUAAAGACAAAGAAAAACUAAACAUAAAAGCUGUUUAUCAAGCUAACGUGCAACAUGUUUAUUUGUACCCAUUUACAUCCAGUGUGUGCGUGUGUGUGCAUGUGUCUGUGUGUGUGUGUGUGUGUGGGCUGAGGCAGGCCGGUGACGGCACCACCACACCAGGCAGAGAUAAGAGCAGAGUGUAGUGAUAAAGUUUGUUCAGAUCAUGUGAGACUUUAAAAUGUAGCUGCAGCACAACCCAGCAACAUCUGUCCAUCUGCCCCUCAACGUCAUACCCCCACCCCCACACACGCACAAGCACGCACACACACACACGUCACCUAUAUACAUCUGUAUAUAUGAAAAAUGUCCUACUAGAGAGAUAAGUACUGUUAGUGAAUGCGGGGAGGUAUCACAAGUAAAAAGAUCUUUCCCGUUUAGUUUAUCUCACAGACUUGAGAUGCAGCAGACGUGGCAUCCGUCCAUUCGUCCCUCACCUCCCCAGGAGUCUAAACCUGCUGUUCCCUCACUUAAUAUGGAUUUUAUGAAAUUACGCACAGACAGUCCCCUUUGUUGCUUCCGCCUGUUUUCUGCCGUUUCUCCAGCCUUAAUUUGAAACUUUAGCUCGUUCCAGUCUGAAGAAAAACACUCAGAUUGGAUCGUGAGCCUUGUUUUAUUUGGAUUCAGAAUCGCGCACUGAUUUCAUGUGAAAGUCCCCCUCGCUCCCUCUGCCUCCUCUUUCACUUAAAAUUUGGCUCAUCAGCUGUUCUGGGGCUCUGGAGGCGGCCUCCUCCCUUUGUCUCGGCCUAUAGGCUAGCUGGCUAAGCUAGUCGGCCCCUGCAUCACUUUCUGGGUAACUUUAGACUAGUCCACUCCUGCUCCGUGGCUCCAAAUGUCCGACUAACCCGCGGGGCUGAGGGGGGAACGCACAGGGAGGAAACCCCGGCUGGUGCUGCGAUGGGGAUGGACGCCUGCCAGAACUUUCUUAGGAGCUUUCUGGGAGCCGUUUUCUUCCAUCAAAACACCAGGAAAUAAGAGGAAAUCUUUCGGUCAGAUUGCAGGGGACCGUUGGAGAGACACCGUCACGUGACCCCCGGUACCAAAUGGUCUUCCGGCAGUGGCUCUCAACAAGGACCGGAGCACAAGAAGACGCCGCCACUUCUCUCAGAAAUGCAGAAGACAACAUACUACGACAACUCCUCGACGCUUUUCGGUGGCUACUCAUCGUACCAGGUGCAGGGGGUGGCAGCAGCAGCAGCAGCCGCCAAUGGCUUUGGGGGCUACGAUGCCCCGGUCCCAGUGUCCCACCACCAGCCGGUCUUCCAGUCGGCAACCCAUCUGGAUGUGGAUUCAUACCAGCGCUCUGCCUGUUCUUUACAGUCACUGGGCAGUAACAGCAGCCACCAGCAGCAGCAGCAGCAGCAGCUAGCCAAGACCAAGGAGCUGAAUGGCAGCUGCAUGCGGCCCAGCCUUCCGCCUGAGCACCACCCCAGCUCCCAGGUGUCCCCUCCACUGCCCCCCAACCCCAGCAACGGUAAUAACGGGGCUCAGCAGCCGGGUGGCAGUGCUGGGGCUUCCUCAGUGUCUAAAUCAGGCCCCAAUAAGUCGUCUAAUUCUUCCUCCUCCAUAUCGUCCUCCACAUCAUCGUCCUCCUCCUCACUGCCCCCCAACCCGACCUUGGCCAAGCAGAUCUUUCCCUGGAUGAAAGAGUGCCGACAGACGACCAAGCAGAAAAACUGUUCACCCAGCAACAACUCUGGCAAUGCAUCAGGAGGAGCAGAGAGUGGCAGCAGUGGAGAGAAGAGUCCUACUGGCGGGUCUUCAGCGUCAUCUAAGCGGGCUCGUACGGCGUACACCAGUGCCCAGCUGGUCGAGCUGGAGAAAGAGUUCCACUUCAACCGCUACCUAUGCCGGCCGCGUCGCGUGGAGAUGGCCAACUUGCUCAACCUGUCUGAACGCCAGAUUAAGAUCUGGUUCCAGAAUCGACGUAUGAAGUAUAAGAAGGACCAGAAGUCCAAGGGCCUGAGCUCUAGCUCUGGAGGGCCCUCACCUACUGGCUCCCCACCCCUGACCAUGCAGUCGUCUGCCAGCUUCCUCAACUCCAUGCAUCCCAUGGGAGGGGGAGGAGGGGGGGCAGGCUACGAUGUCCCAUCUCCGCCAUCCUUUGGCAAGCCCCACCAAGGAGUGUCUUACUCCAUGUCCACUGCCUACUCCAAUGUCCCUGUGAAGGGUUGCCCACCCCAGCAGAAGUAUGGAGCCCCAGAUCCGGACUACGGUGACCCCCAUCCCCACCACAGUCUAGUGCAGGCCAACAGCGCUGGCUAUGGAACUCCCACCAACAUGCAGGCCAGUCCAGUCUAUGUAGGGGGUGGCAGCUAUGUGGAACCCAUGCCUGGCUCGGGGCCUUCUAUGUACGGGCUAAACCACCUCGGCCCCACGCCACCCCACCACCAAACCAUGGACUACAAUGGCGCCGGGCCCAUGACGGCGGCCAACCAGCACCACGUGGGUGGAGGGGGCCCCCCGGGUCCGUGUGACCCUCCCACACACCCUACGUACACCGAGCUGUCGGCGCACCACACCUCGACUCAGGGCAGAAUCCAGGAAGCACCCAAGCUCACUCACCUGUAGCAGGUUUGGAACAAAAUGACAACGUAGGAAAUAGUGAAGACAAACAAGUAACACGACGUGACUCACUAACAGACUAACUAACACACGGUGACUCUACUGCUGCAACGAGACGGCACGAGAGACCCAACGAGGCAGCCUGAAGCCAUCCAGUGGUUUGUCCUGCGCUCUGUAGCCACAAAAGGGAACAAUCGGUGUUUGAUCUUGUUCAGCCCCACCCUGUUUCCACUGCCUUCAUCAACAGCUCCAUCAGGCCUGAGAGCUUUCAGUGUUACCUUGAAAGUGCAGUUAGUUUUAUUUAUAAGGGGGGGGGGGGGCUGUGCCUAUUAUCAAGUGGAAGUGACCCAAACCAUGUUACCACUAAAAGCCACAUCUCUGCCCUGUAAAAGUGCUGAAAUCAGUGGAAGAUGCCUAAACAUUUCUAAGGAUUUGUUUUCAAGCUGGGACCAAACUUUUUAAGCAACGACUACUGAAAUCUCAUUGUCUUACAAGAAAAAGAAAAUCAGAACUUGUCUACCAUAUAAUGAAUUAUCACUUUAACUGAUAAAAAAGGAUUCCAUUAAUUCAAAACUUCUUAAUGUUGUAAAGCACACGAUUAUAAUAUAUUUUUAGCUCCUUUUAUCCAUGCCUACACAUUUAACUUGACCCUUUUUAGAGCCAUUUACACCGAGUGUAUUUCUUGGUCCCAGGACAGUGAAUCAUAUUGUAGUCAGUUGUCUCCGACGUCCCCGUGGAGACAGUGAAUGUCAGGAAGCUCUCUUGUGGCACUGGUGCAGAGACAUAUCGGCAGCUGUUUGGCAUAAUGGGAUGUAUGGUGAGCAGCAUUGUUUGGUCAGUGUUCACUAGACUAAUUAUCCACUGUGCAGUCAGUGUGAAAACUGCAGUUUGGACUACUUUAUUCAAACAAUGUUUUUGAUUAAAAAUAUUUCUCAGGAACCAAAAAAAAUCUAAAAUGACUCUCCAUAUAAUGAACAAUUUUUUAAGAAUUUAAAACAUUGCAAAAUUAUUAUUUACAAGUCACGGAAGUCUUCCUCCAUUGAUUUCUAAUGCAUUACAAGACAUUUCCAAACAAUUUUUGUGUGGACAGAACACAUUGCAGGAGUAGCUCAGCUAGCAUGUUGUAAAAAAGACUGAGUUAGAGUUAGUAUGUGAUUUAAAAUUGUACUUUGAUAAUAAAAUCCCCCCCUUAAGACACACACAUAUACAAACAGCUCUCCCGCCUGGUAAAUGAAAUAGUUGAGAUUUUAAUGGGUAGUUAACGAGGCGGUUAGAUUUAUGACACUGAGCUCUCUCCCCCUCCAGGCAACACAUGUUGUUGUCAGCCGAGCUGAGCUAUGUGGAGGGCUUUGCCUCUCCAUCAGCCACAGAGAGAACAGAAAUAUAUGGCCGGAGCUGGCAGCACUCGUCUUCCUCUGUUCCCCUCAUAAAAACCACUGGACGGUCUUCCCUUCGCUGUCUCUUUCGGCCUCGUGUCAUGCUUGUCUCUGUCCAUCCAGACCGAAUCACUACUAACCCUCUGUCUCCUGUCUGUGGCAGCAGCACAUGUCUUCUGAAGGAGGCAAAAUUUCUCAAAUCCGCCACAGACCCCCCCACCCCACCCCACUACACAAACACACACACACACACACACACACACAUACACACAUCCAUCAAUGCACAUGCACUCACCACCCCUCCAAUCACUAUAACAGGGUUUAAGAAGCUAAGCUACGAGCUCAAAGGCUAAACUAGCUCCAAUGGACACUCAUCUGUGCUAAGCUAUGUUAGCUAGUCACUCUUCCAUACACCCACACACAGCAGUGCUAAGCUAGCUUCCUUUCAUUGACACACAUCCACAGCCAGGUUAUGCCAGCUGUUGACAUCUUUAAACAAACAUAUGAGAGGACACGGAAGAGAAAUUUUUAAUGUUCUUAUUUUAGCACAUCAUCGACACAGGGUAAAUAAUAAGAGUGGAGAACACUAUUUAUUUAUGUUUGGGUAAGUCAUUGCCCUCCCUCUCUCUCUCUCUGUCUCUCUCUCUCUCCCUCUCUCUCUCGCCUCCCCUCUCUCUCUCCCUCUCUCUUUCUCUCACUUUGGAAGGGUUCAUUGACAUUAGAGGACACCAAUGCAUAAAAGUCCACAUUUUGUAUUGUUUUGUUUUGUUCUCACAUAUCUUGACUUUUAACGUGGAUACAGGGUAUAUAUUUGAACAAAAAUGCAUGUCCCAGAAAUCUGAGCUGAUGUGUAUCACACAUUUUGAAAACAGCUGGGUUUACUUGUUUGAACCGUCGCUGAGUGGAGUUUGUGUCAACACACACACACCAGAGUGUUCAAAAACUGAAAAACGAGCCGUGUGUGUUCUUGACCCCCACUACACUCUCUGCUGUUCUAGAAAUAAACCUGUUGUAUUGUUUUUAAAAGUGCAGAUUCGCACAAACGCUUUUCGCAUCUGGGCAUCAUUGUUGCACUUAGAGUUUACAUUUUGAUGGUUAAAGGUAAAAAAUAAUAAUAAUAAAAUCUUAUUUUGAAGACGGAAGGCCGUCCAAUCAAAGCGUCUUUCGCCAAUGUGUGUUCAAGUGAACAUUCAUAUAUAAAUAUUUAUUUGUUAUAGCCAGUUUAAAAAGACUUUCUGUUUUGUAUUAUUAUUUAUCCUUCAUGUAUUUAUAUCGAGAAAAAUUACUGUACUUUUUUAGUAUUUACCUGUUAUGAAAGAAAAAAAACAACGUUGUUUCUUCUUGUCCAUUGUACUGAAGUUACAUUUUUUUAGUUCUUGUACUUUAGAAGAAAAUAAGUAGCUUUUUUGUUCCUAUAAUGACCCUUGUACAUAAAUGUUUUGGCUUGUACAGGGAAAAAGGCAAGGAUGGGAAUUGGUGACCCAUCCAUGCAUAGUCGGAAAAUUUAGACGAACUAUUAGCUGGAAAAAAACGAGUCUUUUUGGAGAAAAACAACCUCUUUCUUUGUCCUUUGUAGCUCCUUUUUCUUUCAUUGUUGAGAGAGUUGUCUGUCGAACAAUUCUUUAAUAAAAUGUUAUGUUAUUCAGA